CUAAACAUUUUUGUUUUAGGGGUUAGCUGUGAUUCCUGCUUGAAGGGAAAUUUUCGGGGUCGUAGAUACAAGUGCCUCGUAUGCUACGAUUAUGAUCUAUGUGCCAGCUGCUACGAGGGAGGCGCCAGUACCACUCGCCACCUCACAGAUCAUCCUAUGCAAUGCAUACUUACUAGAUCUGACUUUGAAUUAUACUAUGGUGGCGAAGGAGUGAGUGUCGAACAGCCCCAAUCUUUGACUUGUCCCUACUGUACAAAAAUGGGCUUUACCGAGGCUACAUUACAAGAACACGUUGCUGCUGAUCAUCCGGAUAUUUCGUUCGAAGUCGUUUGUCCAGUGUGCGCAGCAGUGCCAGGUGGAGAUCCUAAUCAUGUAACUGAUGAUUUCGCUGGCCAUCUGACACUAGAACACCGCAGUGGGCCAAGGGACCUGAUCUCCUUUCUGGAUGAACCAACUGCAAGUAGACACGGUGUUAGACGGAUACCGCAUCCAUCUAGAGCCGUUGGAGCUCCACGUGGACGUAGGUCCAACAUGCAUUUCAGUUCAUCUGGAGGGCUGAGCCCAAGUAAUCGUGAAGGCAUAGAUCCAAUUGCGGAAUUGCUGUCUCAAUUGUCAGGAGUACGCAGAAGUGGAGGCGGAAGUGGACAAAGUACAUCAGCACCUACACAAUUACAGCAAUUACAAAUGCAGUUGCAAUUAGAGCGACAACAAGUUCGGGCUGCCAGACAACAACUCGAAAGAUUACCCAGAAGACAGACGCAAGUGAUCGGUUCUGUAAGUGGAGGCAGCGGGGGUGGCAGCGGCGGGGGUGGCGGUCAUACUACUACUAUGGGGACAACGAACAGUGCAAGUAGUAAUAAUAACGCGACCAAUGCGGCCAACCCGUCCGGUGUGUCUUCGACUAAUUCACAGAAUAAUAUGUCCCUGUUACCCAGAUGCAUCAUAACCACGCCGUCUGACUCACAACUGCAAAGUAUUGAACGCGAGAGUGCAAAUAGGAGCCUGUUUGCACGUGAACUUAUUGUCGGAACGCUUUCCCAAACAUUGUCAGAAUUGAUGCAGCAACAGUGCGCUGUGCAAACACCGGCGUCGAAUGCGACUACUGCCACGACCAGUCCUGAAACACCAAACGCCAAUACUUCCAUUGUUUCUGCGAAAAAAUUGGGAGUAACUCAGGAAGCGAAGAGGGAACAAGCGACAAGUAAACACGUGACAUCACAGGCACCUGUGCAACAAAAAGAAUCGCAUAUUCUGCAGGCUGCUGCUGCUGCUGCUGCUACUACUACUGGCAGCGUAGGUUCAGGUCUGCAAAAUCAGGGCUUAUCCUCGAAUCCUAAUAGCAUUGCAACACAAAAUCCACCUAUAGUUCAAACAUUGAUGCAUAGUGUAUUACCUCAGCCAUUGGUACUGCAGCAACCACUGCCGCCACCAAUUAGGAAUACUGGUACCGGAACUAUCAGGGAACCGAUAGCAGCUCCGGCGCCCGCUUACCUCAGAGGUGGAGUUGGCUCGGUCGGAGUGACAGGCUCUUCGCGUAGGAAGCCGGUUAGGGCAGUAGAUGGCAGAAACCAAUCUACGGAACCGCCACCCCCACACUAACCCCUCCUUAGCCCGUGUACCCAUCCUCCACCCUGAUUCCUCACACAGGAUCCCCUAGCACUAGUCCUAGCACUGUUUAGAACACCUCAUCAUUAUUGUUAUUAUUAUAAUAUUAUAUAUUAAUAAUUAUUCGAAACGCCCUCUCCUUUCUUCCUCCUCCUCCCUCUCAUCCAUGUCCUCAUCCUUUUGUGCCCUAAUGCUACUACAAAACUUUCCCGAACUUUAAUCUCGCCAUUUUUGCUGUUACGUGACAUGGAACAAGGGCAAGGGCUGAUUCGCUGGCCACUGCGGCAUCUUUGCGAAUAAUAAUGUACAUAACUCACACUUCUUGCAGUCAUGCUCGAAAUAUAUAGAGUUCGUUCGCGUGUACUACUCUUCUUCGAAUGAGUCUUGCCACGUUCUUCCACGCUGACGUGCUACCACGAUACGGCGUUAUCUUUUACCCGCUGGAGAGCAGGUGUUUGCGAACCAACACAAAAAUGUAUUGUAAAAAGAGGUUCUUACGAAGACGAAGCGACAUUAGCGUUUGUUGUUCGGUUAUUGAGGUAUCGAAGAAUAGUACGAACACGCAAAAGGAUAAAUACACGCAAAAGGGUACUUGGAUCAGCAUACUGACAUAAGAAUUCAGCAAUAUACUUGUAGUAUAUAUUGAUCCAAUGAUGGUGAAUGAAUGUGUACGCGAAUGUAGCUUUUCCAUAUUGCAUUUUGCGUAUGUUAUACACGAUUGCCGUCAUGAUACGAAAUGCGAGAGGUUUUAUUGAUCAACAUACCCGGUGCAAAUCGAACGAUCGACCGCUAAUGUAUACUUGUAAUACGAUACGUCUCCCUUUUUUUUUCAGAUAAAAAUAUACGAAUGCAAAAUCAUGCCUGGGCUGGUCCGUAAUACUAACGCUUUUAAAUUGCUUUAACCUACAGAUAACUUCUCCGGCGCACUAAUAAUGGAAAAAAUGAUACACAAAACGAUUGUAGGAACGAAUGUCACGAAUGGUAUAACAGUGCAGAACAACGUUGCUGCAUAUUUUUCAGAUGACUACUUAGAUUAUAAUUCUCGUUAUAAUAGACUCCUGUAUGCUUUACAAUCAAUAAAUCAUUGGUAUAAUGUACGAGAAAGUCAUUUAUAGUCUAUAAUUAUCAUUUGUAGUCUACACGAACUUCCUUUAUCUUUUAACUCGUUUAAAUAGAGUUUGUUCGCUGUGGCAUUUUACACAAUUUUACAUCGUAGACUAAACAAACGAAGGGAUUUACGAAAAGAAUGAAUUAUAUUAAGGGAAUAAAUUUUAUGUAUUAGACUUUAGAAAUAGAUGUUUAAUUGAAUUAGAUAUAAUUUAGUAAAAAUCGGUACUGGCGGACCAUCCCUUGGCAUACUUAUGGCAUAAAAUGUCGUAAAGUGGAGAGAUUACAUUUAGAUAUUAUAAAUUAUGAUUUUAUGUCAGCCGUUAAAUUAACAUUUCAAAAUAUAUGGUUUCUAGAGUGUUUAUGUUUUAAAUGUAUUUAAUGUUUCACUAAUAUUUAGUGUUCACCAAAUUAUAAAUUUCAAGAUUUAGUGUUGUAUAUUAUGGGAGCUUCCCAGCAAGCGACACAAGUCGGCACAAACAUCGUUCUAUCUUUCUUUUUUUGGCAAUGAGUAACAAAGAUAUGUCGACUUGUGUCGCUUGCAGGCAAGCUCCCGAUAUAAUUUUACAUUAGAUGUAAACUUGUGACGCAUAGAAUUGAGAAAUAAGGCUUUUUUUUAAAUUAGUCACUCCAUUUUAAGACGUUAAACAAUUGCAGUAACCGUAAAAAAAAAACUUGUUCUAUCACAAUUAUACUUGGAUCUAUAUAUUUAUAUUCGUUAAAAAGCGUAAAGUAAAAAAAUUUUUCAUAUCGUGAUCCGAUAAUGGAAAGUGUUCAAAUUUUUCUUUUCAAUUUUGUCGAAAACAAGCCAAGUCUUUCAAAUAUAUUAAAUUUUUUUUUAAUAGAGAUAUAUUUAUUUCUAUAAAACACACGCGAAGGUAACAUCGGUAACAUUGUAUCGGAGUGUGCGUGCGAUGUAAUACGGAUGCAUUUGUAAGAUUUCUACCGAGAGUAGAAAAUUUCGAAGAUGCUCGUGUACAUCAGCGUUAUCUGCUUUUCUCGUUUCUUUUCUUCGAAUACUAUUCUUCCUUUUCUUUCUUUUGCAUGUUCACUAGUCCGUAUACAUGAUAUCUCUUGCCCCGUCUCGUUAAUGUUUUCAAUCCAAAUUGUCUGUCACCUAAGAUCCCGUGUGAGCGUGUAUCUGCAAGAUGUGGUGGCUCUGCAAACCCCCCUCUGAGCGUUUUACAAAGUGUGCAAAAAUGAUAUAUACACGCCGUGUAGAUCCACGAGAAAAAGAAAGAAAGAAGAGUUAAAAUAUUUAGUGUGCAAAUCUAUUACGAUAGAGUAUGAACUUCAGAGCUUGAUCAUCUUAUUUUUUUGUGCGCAAGAUCGAGAAACUUCAAAACUAAAUUUAAACGAAAAGUAGAAAACAGAUUGUAAAGGAAACUUGUUGAACUUUUAAUUGUCGUUUCUCCGAUGUUCUUGGAUGUUUUGCUUGUCUUUCCACCCGUACUCGAUAUACUUUGAGCAAGUGAUUUACUUUUUUAAAUAGUUAUUCACGAUCUUGUAUUUCGUAUUGUGUAAUUAGUUGCAAUUUACAGAAGAAUAGAUCCGAAACGUAAAUAAAACGGGGUGCACUUAAUUGCCUUAAUGCAGGAUGCCUGAAAAAAAAAAAAAAAUUAGGAUUCGACAGCCUCUCUUUGAGAAGCGGAUGUGCCUGCAUUUGCGAAAGUCUCUGCGCAUGAUGCUCCGUGAUGAAGUUAAUACUGUACUGAGCUAAUCUUAAUAAACGUAUGCGUAUGUAAAAUUA